AUGCUGGCUGAGCAACUGAAUAGCCAGGAGGCACGAGAACUUUUGUCUGCCGUUGAUCAAAUGCGGAUGCUCUUGCAUGAAGAACGUAUUCCAAUGCCUGAGAUUGUAGUCGUUGGCGACCAAUCAGUGGGAAAAUCGUCCGUUCUCGAAGCCAUUUCUGGUAUUGAAUUACCUAGAGCGCAAAACAUAUGCACACGGUGUCCACUUGAAUUACGUAUGAAAUCUACAACUGGAGAAGAGUAUGCAAUAAUUACAAGUAGAGAGACCAACAAGAAUGCUGUAAACGACCAACAGAGUGACAUUAAAAUUCAAGAUCUUACUAAGAUUUCAGAUGAAGUAACCAAAAUGACAGAAAAACUUGCUGGUCAUGGAAAUAAUUGCAGUUCGAAUCCGAUAUAUUUGACUAUCUACAAAAGAGAUAUCCCAUAUGAUCUAACUCUCAUUGAUCUUCCUGGUAUCACACGUAAUCCAGCAGCUGGGCAAGCCACCGAUAUUUACUCGCAAAUACUAAAGUUAAUAAACAAAUACAUCGAGCCGGAAACAGCAGUCGUACUUCACGUCAUUCAAGCUUCGACUGAUUUCACAACAUCAGAAACGCUCAAACUGGCGAAAGUUUUUGAUCCUAAAUGUGAACGACAAUUGAUUGCUGUCUCAAAAAUAGACAAGUUCGAUAAGGGUAUCUCAGAAAAAUUACAAGGAGAAGGGCCUGGCGCGAUGCCGCUUAAGCUGGGCUGUGUCGCGGUUUUAAACCGAAAUCCACUUGAAAUCGAACAAAACAUUUCAUUUAGUGAAAUGCGAAGACGUGAAGCCCAAUUUUUCAUCGACAACGGUACACAUUUUGACGAUGCCCCUGAUGAAUUGAAGGGGAGUGAACAACUUGUCAAGCGGCUUGCUUCUAUUCAACAAGAGCGUAUUCGUUCAACAUUUCCACAAAUCCUUCAGAAGUUAAAAGAUAGAAUCCAAGAGAAAAACGCAGAAUUGACUGCCAUGCCAGUAAUGAUAACUUCAGAACAUGAAUUUUCCAUGAAAUUCUAUCAAUUGGUUCAUGAACUGCAAGACAUCAUUCAAAUGAAGCUCGACGGUAACUAUAGUCGUAUCAUUGUAGACAGGAGUACUGUGCAAUCAGAUUCAGACUCGGAUGGCGAUGCGUGCUUAGAAAAUGAUCGUUUGGCUUAUCAUAUUUACGCAUGCCAGCAACGUUUUAAGAAUAGAUUAAAAGAAUGCUUCAAAAACAUUUCAUCGCUAGAAUACCAUAAAAAUGUUUUGAAAGCUAUUACAGAUACAUCUGGUAUAUCUCUUCCAAAUAUAUAUGCGCCACAACUCAUACAAAGAUUAUUUCAGGAAGAAACAGGUCAUGUACCAGAUGUAUGCUUCAAUUUCGUUGAAGACAUGCUGACAUGUAUUAAAACCAUUCUUAUUAGACUCUUCAACCAGACAUUCAACAAAUAUUAUUCACGUUUAGCAGACAGACUUAGAGACGUGCUUGAACGCCAUAUUUCCACGAGUGAGAAACGGUGUCGUGCUUCUUUAGAAGAAAUACUCGAAAUGGAACAUCGCGUGUUCACAUUGAACGAUCAAUACAUGGAAAUAGUAAAUAUUGUUAAGCAAGACAAAAUGGCAAAGGCAAAUGGGCAGCAUGCUAAUGGAACAACAACAAUGCAACUUAACCAGGCGCCCUCGAAUACAGUUUCUUCUAAGAUCGUUCGACAAACGAGAUUGACUGAUGAUUUCAUCGACUAUUCGCCAACUUCGAAUGAGUCUCAAGCCGCAUUCGAUAUGCAAUUGAAUUUAUUUGCUUAUGCAAAUUUGGUGCAAAGACGAAUAGCAGACAACGUAUCACAAGUUCUUUACUAUCGAUUGGUUACGCAUUGUGCUUUGACAGUCGACGAAGCAUUAAUCUCUUCGAUAUCAUCUUUAUCGGAACUAGCACGUCUUAUGCGUGAACCACCAGAACAGACUAGUCGCCGAAACAAGCUCAAACACAGUAUUCAACGUUUGGAAGAAGCAUUACUAGUUGGACAGAAGCAGAUUUGA